AUGAGCGAGAUGAAGCAAGGAGGAGACGGAAACACCGCCCCGCGCUGCCCCCCGCACCCUGGAUUCGUCCGUGGGCUCUGCUUCCUGUGCGGGGUGAAGGAGGAGGACGCGGAAGGAGGUGCUCCCGAACUCGCCAUUGAGGAGAACGAGAUGGUGGAGCAAGGAGGAAGCGAAGCCGCCGCCGCGCGCUGCCCCCCGCACCCUGGAUUCGUCCGUGGGGUCUGCUCCGUGUGCGGGGCGAAGGAGGAGGACGCGGGAGGAAGCGCCUCCAGACUCGCUGUUGGCGUUGGGUACACACAGAGGGGGCGACAGGUGCUGCCGGCUUCGGCGACGACGAGCAUCCCGCGCGCGACCAACCUGGCGACCCUCCUGCGCACGAGGAAGCUGACCCUCAUCCUGGACCUGGAUCACACGCUGCUCAACUCGACGGGGAUCAACGACUUCUCCCCCAUGGAGGAGCGCAACGGAUUCACGUCGAACACCAUGGGUGACCCCGGCAUGGGCCUCUUCCGAUUGGACACCUAUGGCGUUCCCGUGCUCACCAAGCUGCGGCCGUUCGCGCGAGGCUUCCUGGAGCAGGCGAGCGCCAUGUUCGAGAUGCACGUGUACACCCUAGCAGGUCGGGAUUACGCGAGGGCGGCCGUCCAGCUGCUGGACCCGGACGGCGUCUACUUCGGCGCGAGGAUCGUGUCGAGCGCGGAGUCUAGCCGGUGGGACAUGAAGAGCCUCGACGUCGUCCCCGGCACCGAGGUCGUCGCGGUGGUGAUCCUCGACGAUUCGGACGCAGUCUGGCCGGGGCACCAGGACAACCGGAUCCUGAUGGACAGAUACCACUACUUCGCCUCCACCUGCAGGAAGUUCGGCUACAACAUGAACUCCAUGGCGGAGCUGAGCCGGGACGAGCGGGAACACGACGGCUCGCUGGCCGUGGUGCUCGAAGUCUUGAAGCGCGUCCACGAGGGCUUCUUCGACUCGGUCCUCGACGGCCACUUCUCGGACGUCAGGGAGGUGAUCAGGGAGGUGCGGCGCCAGGUGCUGCUCGGGUGCACGGUGGCGUUCAGCCGGUUGAACUAUCUGCAGGACUUCGCCAUGGACUCCCCCGUGUGGACGCUGGCCGAGAAGCUUGGCGCCGUCUGCAGGGUCGAUGUCGACGAGACGGUCACCCAUGUCGUCGCGGAGGAUCCAGUGACCCGGAAGGCGCAGUGGGCGCGGGACCACAACAAGUUUCUUGUCAGCCCGGAAUGGAUCAAGGCGGCGAGUUUCCGGUGGCGCCGGCAGGACGAACAAGCCUUCCCGGUGACCCGUGGAAGUUGAACAGAGUCGUACGGCUUCCUACUGUGCGAAUGGUAUACUAAAUCUUCGAGAAU